UUAUAUUAUGAGUUGGUUCAUAAACCCUCACAAAAGUAAAACCCCAAUUCUGCUCUUUCUCUGUCUCUUGUCUUCGCCAGAACCAGUUUCAAUCAUUCCUGCAUCGACAUCGAGAAGCGCUUCAAUCGGAAAUGAACGCCGAUAAUGGUUCAGGAAGUGCGACUCUUGACAACGUACCCACGCAAAUGGAUUCCGAUAGUCAGGUAAAAGACAAGGAAAAGGAAGAACUCACCGAGACUAUGAACAAGCUGCAUAUCGAAGGAUCUUCUUCUGGGAAUGGAUUUCCUAACUUCCGAAGAAAACCUGUCAUCAUUAUUGUUGUAGGAAUGGCAGGGAGUGGGAAAACGACACUCAUGCACAGGUUGGUUGCCCAUACACAUAUAAAAAACAUCCGGGGUUAUGUGAUGAAUCUUGACCCUGCCGUCAUGACCCUCCCAUAUGGUUCUAACAUCGAUAUAAGAGACACUGUUAAAUACAAAGAAGUCAUGAAGCAGUUUAAUCUUGGCCCUAAUGGUGGAAUUUUGACUUCCAUGAACUUGUUUGCCACCAAGUUUGAUGAGGUAAUCUCUGUGAUUGAGAGACGGGCAGAUCAACUUGACUAUGUUCUUGUAGACACCCCUGGUCAGAUUGAAAUAUUUACCUGGUCUGCUUCUGGUGCUAUCAUUACAGAAGCUUUUGCAUCCACAUUUCCCACUGUAGUGGCCUAUGUAGUUGAUACACCUCGUUCAGAAGAUCCUACAACUUUCAUGAGCAACAUGUUGUAUGCUUGUAGUAUCCUCUAUAAGACAAGGUUACCUCUCAUCCUGACAUUCAACAAAGUUGAUGUAGCUGCACACCAGUUUGCAUUGGAGUGGAUGGAGGAUUUUGAGGCAUUCCAAGCAGCAGCAAGUUCAGAUCAGUCAUACACAUCAACUUUAACUCAAAGCCUUUCUCUUGUGCUAGAUGAAUUCUACAAUAAUUUGAAAUCAGUUGGAGUUUCUGCUGUUUCUGGUGCAGGAAUGGAAGACUUCUUUAAGGCUGUCGAAGCCAGUGCAGAUGAAUACAUGGACACCUACAAGACUGAUCUUGAUAAAAGACGUGAAGAGAAGCAACGUUUAGAAGAAGACCGUAGGAGGGGUGACAUGGAUAAACUGAGGAGAGACAUGGAGAAAUCCGGGGGAGAAACUGUAGUUUUGAACACUGGUUUGAAGGACAAAGAGAAAAGUAAAAGUAUGAUGGAUGAGGAAGAUGAGGUUGAGGAGGACGAGGAGAUAGAUGAUGAUGAUGAUUCUGGGAUAUAUACUGAAGAUGAUGAUGUUAUAGAUGAGGAUGAAGAUGAGGAGGUUGCUAAGUUUGGCUUAUGAUGGGAUUAAUCUCCGUUUGGACCAUAUAAGAGUUUGUAUAGCACGUUUUUCACUUUCAUUUGGUGUACAUGUAUACAACCUUAAAAGUUUGACUACCAAUUACUCAACUAGUUUACUUCAUAUAGCUCCAUUUGCUCUAGGUUUAUUUCGUUAAUGUUUUGGAAAUGCUUUCAGAGAUAGUUUUUUUCUUUUAUGCAACUUGUUUGUGUAUUUUAUAAAUGACUUGAACAUUUGCUUCGCCCGAAAUCUGUAGUGAUUUUGCCU